AUGAUAGUGAGAACUCCCCCAGCGAAGAAGCAACGGGCGACGGAGAUGGAGAGCCCACCGCCUGCUGGCCCAGGCCCUCUCGUCAUCUACGAGGACGACCCUCCUCCUUCUUCCCUUCCACCCACCGACUCCUCCCACCACUUGCUAUGCACCUACCAAUGCCGUCAAAUGGUUAAAUCAGAUUUUAUAGAUGCCUUCAGCAAUGCGGAGAAGCAAGUUUCGGAUUAUCAAUCUAGGUUGGAGGCAUUAAAUAACAACUUCUGCAAAGUUGAAUCUGAGAGGAAGAAAUUUCUGGAUCAAUUCUUAUAUGCAGAACAAGAACUUGCUGCUGCAAAGGGACGUGAACAGGCUCUGCAGGAGCAGCUUUUGAAGGAGGUCCACGAUUCUCAUGAAAGAUUGACUAAACAAUUACAGUCGUACAGUGAACUUGAGGUGAAGCUCCAAAACGAGAUGAACCUUCGCAUGAAAGCUGAGUCUUCAGCAGCUUUGGCUGAGGGGAAAGUGAGUAGUUUAGAGGGGAAACUGAGCCAUCUUUCUGAGAGCAUAGAGAGGGAAAAAAAGCGUCUCCAUAACGAUCUUGCCCAUCUGAAAAAAGAAUCCGAGCUUUCUGUUGCUAGAAUAACUGCCGAUCUUGAACGAAUGGAAUGCAGAGCUCAUAAUGCUGAGAAAGAAUCAGAGCUACUGCAAGAGCAGCUGGAUGAUCUUAAGGAGCAACUUAGUGAGUGUGUGCAACAGAAGAGUGAAGUAGAAAAGAAACUAUCAAGUUCCACAUUACAAGAAGUUAAAUCUACGGAUGAUAUUUUGGUUAAACAUCUGCAAGAAGAACUAAGAAACUAUGAUGCUGAAGUGAGGGAAGCAAGAAAGCUGAAAUCUUCUCAUGAAAAUGUUGAGUUAUUGAAGGAAAAAUUGUUGGAAGAAAAGAGCCGCAGAGAGAGGGUAGAGUCAGAGUUAUCCAAGCUACAAGAGUUGCAGCCAAGUAUGAAGACUUUGGAGGAUGAAUUGACAUCUUGGAAGUUGAUGCUGAAAGACAUUCCAGGCGUAUCAUGUUCUGAAGAUAUACCUGUUAAAUUUGCAGCUUUGCAAAAGUAUGUGAGUUGCUCAUGUCAGUAUUUUGAGCCAGCUUCCCUGGAUCAGUUAGAAGAAUAA